AUGACGAGCCUGCUGGACUUUAGCUCGUCGCCCGACCCGUUGGGCGACGAGGUCCCGAGCUCCGUUAUGCCCAGCGCGCGCCGCAACGCUGGGAACCUCAAAUCCAUCGCCCGCGAGUCCUCUGUACAGUAUUCCGGCAGUUCAAACCGAACCAAGUCGAUAUCGAAGCCCAUAUCAACGCGCAAGUCGCCUAGGAAGCAGACCUUUGAGCUCGAUGUAGGCAACGGCCGCUCGCCCCAGCGAUUGCUGGUCACGGUCGAGGCUGAACAUGAGCGGGGCCAGCGCGGCGCUGUGAGCAGACGUCUUUUCAAUGCAUCGCCGACGCGUAGUGUCAGCCGAAGGAGAGAAGGGACAACAACCACGACCACAGUACCGCUAAGAGGCUUGACGGAUGACGAGGCUGACGAAACUGGUAAUGUAUCCACUGUGCGCCGCCGUGGCCGGCCGAGAGUCAGUCUGGGAAGCAAGAACGGCACACCGGCGCCAAGGGGCAAGAAAAGAGCUGGCACUCCUCUGACAAAGACAUCUUCUGCGAAGCGACAUAGUGGCGAAGCACCGUCCGAAACAGAUUUGGAGAAUACGGCGCUCCUCGAAUCAAGCCAGAAUGCGGCAGUCGAGCCUACGCCAAAACCGAAGACGAGGACGAAAAAGACACCAAAGAAAGCCGGCACGCCCGCUGUGCCGUCGAGUAACCCGACGGGAAGAAAACGCGGGCGCCCGCGGAAAGCGCUGAUGCCAGAAGAGGUCGCUGAUCUCAAUAGUGAGGCUGACCGACGUCCUGAUAACACGAGCAUUUUGCCGAGCGACAAUGUCCCGAUGACAGAAGAAAUACAUAUGGAUGGAGCUUUUGAUGGCGAUGACGAUAGAAGAAUGAGUGACUUUGCAACUUCGCAGAUUGGCGAUGUACGGCAGCCCUCGGCGACGAGAGAAGACACAACUCGCCUUCGGACAGGCCAACGUGGAGUACGCUUCUCUUCACCUAUCGCGCGGUAUUCGGAAGCAUUCGACGAAGUGUCAUCACAUCAAGGUCGUGCAGACGAGUCCGAUGCGCCCAUGUUUGACGAUUACACGGGAGAAGUCCAUAGCGACGUUGAAUCCGAGACCGAAGGUGUUGAUGGAGCAACGUAUAGUGGCCCAGACAACCUCACUCAUGCAUCCGAAUUUAGCAUGAUCAACGUUGAGGAGUUGCCGUCGUUUCAAGCCUCUUUACAGUCUAAUCGAAGCGGCAUCAUUGACCAGCACCAACCCUUCCCUGAGGCCGGAGAUGAGACUAAUAUGAUCAUCAAUCAAACUUUGGAGUCUUUAAGGAGAAGCACCCAAACUGAAGCUGAUGGCCACUCACAUAUUGAGGAUGCUCAAAAUCGAAGAGAGAGUAUCCAGACAACCGCAGAGCACGAAUCGGCGGAUCAUACACGAAACAGCCGUUCGGCCUUUGGGUCAAGCCAGUCUUCUUGGAUGCAAAGCCCUCGAAGGCCACCACGAAAAUCAAUGCCUCUGAGCAGACAAGUUUUCUCGAACAAGGCACCACAUGUGGACGACUCAUUCUCGGAGCUCCCUGAUAGUAUCUUGCGAGCUGCCACCCCAGGUAGACUGCCAAUGAAGCCUGUCACCACCCAUGUUACUGACGAAUAUUCCAAUAUGGACGAAUAUGAAGACGAAUUCUCCCAAAUCCCGGAUGAGGUGCUCGAAGCGGCCACUCCCCGACCACCGCGUAUGGAAAGACGUGUGGACCACAACACGGUUGAGAAUGUGCCAUCACUCGAGGAAGAAGAAGAAGAAGAAGAAGAAGCGCAAUCCAAUAGCAGAUCCACCAAUAUUGGAUCCGAUAGACUGCCCACUCCCGAUGAUACGAAUUCCUCGACCACGGAUGCUAAGAAUAUUCAUGGCGAAGAGGCACAUAAGAUGCCAGUUGAUUCAUCCGCCGUCGCCAAUACCUCUGAACUAAACAUUCGCUCAUCUCCGCCUACUAUCAGCCGGCAAAUGAACACAAUGACCAUUCAACCCGAGUCUGGGCAGACAAUUACUCGGCACUUUGAUACGAUGGCCUUGGUAUCCGAUGCCUCACGACAAACAGACCAAGAAGAUCAUGCGGAAACGCAGCGAAACAAGGGCUCUUCUCCUGCGGCACCAUUGCAAAACUCGGGAUCCCCCGGGCAAACACGAAAAUCGCCCUCGCCCGUCAGACGUCCUACUCUGUCGCCAAUAGUACGAGUAGGCCGCACAUUGCAGAACAUCAUGUCUGACAGAUCGUCUCCUGAUGAGCAUGGGAGUAGUUUGGCGAGUCCCUUCAGGGGGCCAGGACAGAAUGAUUCACGUCAAUCAUCGAUCGCUCGGUCACCUGUGCGAAAUGGCAGCCACCGAGGUACCGGCUCAGACGGCCAGACGCCUUUCAAUCCACUUGUAUCAGUUACACAGAACAUCCGGUCAGCAUUCGGUUCUAUGAGACAAACUGCACCAGUACCGGCGCCCGUUCCUGCUCCAACUGAGGCUCCGUCGGUUCGUGAGGAGAACGGUUCGUUCGCAGCUGACAUGGCCGAAAAUUUGCGGAUUGAGGCGCCAGGAAGGUCUGCUCGCAGCAAUGAAAUUGAUCAGGCUUAUGACUUGCCCCAGCAUGAGAAUCUCUCCCGGGGAUUGUCCAGUUCUCUAAGGGCAGCAGCAGUUGGCCGACAAGGCGAUGAGAACGAGUUGACUUCUGCCCUAGAUGAGAACGAGAUUAGCAGCCCAGCAAACCAGAGGUCAAGAAGGUUGGCGAACUCGAGCGCCGUCGGUACCCUGAGUUCGCUCCAAAAUCAAGUCCAAGAAGACGGCGAUGAAGAAGAAGAACAGCAGGAGAUGUACGAGGAAGACUUUGAUGAUCUCUUCAACCUGGAAGAAGACGGCAACGUGGAAGGCCAGGAGCCAGCACAGGACGAAGAGAUUGGUCAGGAACAGGGGCUGGAACCAGACGAGGUAGCGGGGAUUGAGCCAGAAAUGGAACCGGAGGAAGAACAAGACGAGGAACCUGCCGAUACGACAGCUGCAGCAAGUGAUGAGGAUGACAUGGACUUGUGGGAUAUCGAAGCAUCAAGACCGACUCCACGAUCGACCAAAGCUCUGCGAGCUGAAGCUCAAGAACGCAGACAGUCUCAAAUCCCACCGGAAAAUCCUGCUUCCGCAGACACAUCAAUCCAAGCAGGCGAACCAGCAGCAGCUGAACCUGUGCCGCCACGACGUAACAAGAUCCCAAGUCCUUGGAGGCGGAACCCACGGAGAUUGAUUUAUCAGGACGAUUUCCGGAGUCCUGCUGAAUUAGAGAUGGAAGAUAGCCCACCAAGUGAAGGGAGACCAGUUCCAACCAUGCAGCCGCCUGCUGUACAAGAACAAGAUAUGGAAUUUGAAGGCACGGAAGAGGAAUUUUCACGCUCACGCGAAGAGGAUGCCAAAGAUGAGCACGACAUGAAUCAAUAUGGCGACCAAGACGAAGACGAAGAGCCGGACCAUUUCCAGGCGGGGCAGGAUUUCGCGGAUGAUGGCUCCUACGAACUUAUGGAGGAGGAAGAGCUUGACGAGCCCCAAUCGCUGCCGCGAGGUCAAGGCUACCCCCAAAAGGAUGCGCCACUGGUGGAAAACUCGGUAUUGCAAGAGUACUCAAUGAUCUCUGAGCCAGGCAAGCCUUCUGGGCCUGUAUCAAUGCAAGACCCGCAAGACAAGCCCGUUUCGGCGCGGAAGAGCUUCUUUGGGAGAUUUGACAUUAUGUCAUUCUUCUCUUCGCCUCGUCCACCACCUGUUACGAACAACCCGCCCACGGCGCAGGUCGAGGAGACCCCCGCUGCUCACAAGAUGAACGGCGGGCCACUACCUCAAUCGAUUCGUAGUGAGAAAUCGGUUCAGGAUGAGCCACAGUCUGCACUGCGAGCUACUGGACUCUUCCCCACCAUCAAGCAGAAAAUAUUCAACCCAAGUCCCGCAAGGACGGUCGACCUUUUCUCUCCUGGCACGGACUUGCGAUCAAAUGAUACAGUGGCAGAUACCUAUGCUGAAAGCCCUUCCACCCCUGAUCGCCAGGACUUCCCGCAAAUUCCACAAAAGCGCAACUUCACUCCUCUCUCGGCACAAUCUCGCAACACUGCCUCUUUAUUCACUCCCAGCCAUCAAGGGUCCACACCAGACCGAGAUACUCACACACCCUCUCCGAGCUACGAUGAUCUAAGGGAGCCAGAGUAUAGUGACGAGGACGAGUACAGUGGCGAACAGGAGUCGGCGUCAACGGAUGAUGGGCCAUCUUUUGAGCACAUCCCACCGCGUGAAAAACCGUCGCAUUGGGACAAGAAUCUCAGCCCUGCCAAGUCAUCUAUGCGUUCGCCGCUCAAGCCUAAGACGCCUGGUCGAGUGGUAGCGUUCACAAAUAGUGUCGCCAACUCCGACCCUACUUCAGAAGAUCAGAACGAUCAACAAGAGAUGUUGACUACAAUCAUUAAUGGAAGCGCUAAGAUCGCAACCAGUAACCCCCGAACUGCGAUAUUGAACCCGACACCUCUGCGCAUUCCUGCCUCGUACCGAGGUCCCGAGCAGGAUACGGAAAACGCGUUGUCUCCGAUUAAACCUUUACGUCAAGUGAAUCAGCCUCUGCCCGUGACUCGGGCCCAGGUGUCACCACAGAUGAAACUCUCGCCUACAGUCUGGACCCGCGGCCACUGGGUUCGUCUCGAUGAGAUCUUGCAGCUGCGCCAGCGGGAUCCGAUGCAAUUCCAGAUGGUCUUUCCCUCUGUCGGUCUAGGCAAACACCCCCUGUCCGGACUGGAAGUGGCAACGCACGAUGCGCAAAUGAUCCUCGAGGACUGGCACAUGCAGGUCGUCGAGGCCUUUCGAUCCGAGCUGCUCGCCGACUCUGGUGUGUCGCCAGACGCAGACGACGACGAGACUCACGGCGUUUGGGACGCAAACAGCCUUAGCAAGCGCCUCUUUGCCCUCAUGGUUGGCGAGGAGAGACGUCGGACUGGCAAAUACGUCAGCGGCCAAAGUCAUCUGGCUGGGAUUUCUAGUAGAAAAGGCAAGGAGAUCGCGAGGUGA